AUGGCAAUAGUUGAAACAUCAACAAUAAUAUCAACAACAUUAACAUUAUCAGUUAAAUAUCCUUUAUAUUAUCAUCAAUUUCGAAUAAUUCAUAAUAUUCUUGUUAAAAUUUCAUUUCCAUAUAUUUUUUUAAUAGCUAGUAUUGGUUUUAUUACUAAUACAUCAACUAUUGUUCUUUUAUCAAAACAUUCUAUAACAAAAAAUUUGAAAAAUAAAUGGACAUUAAUUGCAUUAGCUCUUAGUGAUCUUCUUUUUAAUAUUGCAUUAAUUAUUCGUGGAAUUCAUGAUAUUGUUAAAGGAAAUUCUGAUCAUCUUUGUUUAAUAAUAUCAUUUCUCAGUCAUUUAGCUGAACUUUUAUCAGCAUGUUAUACUGUUUCAUUUACUAUUCAACGUUAUUUAGCUGUUCAUUAUCCAUUUAAAACUGCUGUUCAUCGUCGUUCGUCACCAUUUAUUUCUCUUUUAUUUAUAUUUAUAUUAAGUUUAAUAUUUUGUUUUAUGUUAUCAUAUGAAAAUACUUAUGUAGAUUGUCAUGAAGAAUUGAAACUUGGUUGGUUUAUAGCUGAUGCUUUUAUUUCUUUUGUUAUACCAUUUUCUAUUAUUUUAAUAUUUAAUAUACUUAUUGUAAAUUUUAUUCGUCAACAUUCACGUUCACCUAUUAAUAUACAAUCAACAUUAUUAAGAAAGAAAAAAAAAUUAAAAACUAAAGAUAGUAUAUUUCAUCAAGAUGAUACAUUUGAUACAGAAAAAAAUACUAGAAAUGUUAGUGGUACAUAUAUUCACACGGAUGAAACUCAAAAUAUAGAAAUAAAAUUUAAAAAAGAAGAUCAAUUACCAUCAUUAGAAAUGAAAUAUCAACAACGGCAACCAUCAAUCUCAUUGUCAUUUAAUCGAACUCAUUCUGACAAAUCACCAAAUCGUCCUCAUUUUCGAUCCAGAUUUCGUCGAUCUGGUUUAUCAAAACUUACUUCUCAUGUUUAUAAAAAUCCAAUAUCCCAUUCAUUUUCUUAUGGAUUAUCAAGAAAAUCAUCAUAUCAAUCGACUGAUAAUGGAUUCGUCUCUACAAUGUCAACAAGAACAUAUCAAUCAAUACGUGUUACACGUAUGCUUAUUCUUGUUUCAACUUGUUUCCUAAUACUUAAUGCUCCAGCACAUUUAUUUGUUAUUGCACUUAAAAUUUAUACUAGUAUUGAUGUACCAGUAUUCAAUGAACAUAUUAAAACUGAUCUUUAUCAGUCAACUAGAAAUAUCACUAUUUCUGAAAUAGUAAAUUUUGUUUCGAAUAAUGAAAUUCAUAAUCAAACAAAUAAUACAACAAUAUUAUCUCCAUUUCAACAUGAAGGAAUAAUUGAAGAUCAAAUAACAAUACAUUUAUUUUAUAUGGCAAUUUUAUUAACACAAUUAAUAGCAUAUGCAUCUUAUUCAAUGAAUUUUUUUCUUUAUUCAUUCUGUGGAAUUGCUUUUCGAACAAGUUUUAAACAGUUAAUUAAUCCAUUUCGAAGACAUUAG